AUGUUCACGGUAGCGUUAUUCCAUCAAUGGAGAAUUCGCCAAUUAGAUGUAGCAAAUGCCUUUUUGCAUGGAGAGAUCAACGAGCUUGUUUACAUGAAACAGCCCAAAGGAUUUGAAGACUCGACCCAUCCGAAUCAUGUAUGUCGUCUUCGAAAGGCUAUCUAUGGCUUGCGUCAAGCUCCCCGGCUGUGGUACACCACAUUCACAAAAUUUCUGCUAAAAAUUGGAUUCGUGCAUAGCCAUGCAGAUCCUUCACUGUUGCUACUACACCGAGAUGAUUUCCAAAUCUACUUACUAGUCUACGUAGAUGACAUUCUCAUUACUGGGAAUGACGAAUCCAAAAUAAGCAACUUAAUUGAUCAAAUGAAAUCCACAUUUACAAUGAAGGACCUCGGACUUGCGAACCAAUUUCUGGGUAUUACCAUCGACCACACACAAGAUAAGUUUUUCCUUUCUCAAUCUCAAUAUGCGGUUUCAAUUCUUGGUCAGGCCGAGUUGCAUAACUGCAAUUCGGUCGCUAACCCAUCUUCUUCUAAAACUUCAGUCACACAUGAUGGCGACUCACCGUGUUUCGAUGCUAUUCUAUAUCGCCAAAUUAUUGGAUCGCUACAAUAUCUAACUCUAACUCGCCCCGACAUUGCAUUUGCCGUCAACGCCUUGUCCCAACACAUGCACGAUCCGGCGAUUCAUCACACACUGCUACUAAAGAAACUACUUCGUUAUAUCAAAGGGACUAUCGAGUAUGGGCUUCCGAUCACUCGAUCUAGCUUACAGCUGCGGACAUACUCAGAUGUCGAUUGGGCAUCUGAUCCUCUCACUCGCAAAUCCACUUCUGGAUUUUGUACAUUUCUCGGCGACACUCUCAUCUCUUGGACAGUCAAGAAACAGCCAACUGUAUCCAGAUCCUCGACAGAGUCCGAGUAUCGCGCUCUUGCAUCGGCCACAGCAUAUACUAUAUGGAUCAAGCGUUUAUUAGCAGAUUUUUGCAUUUUACAUUUUCAGCCGGUUGAUGUGUAUUGUGAUAAUACAUCGACCAUUGCACUAGCUAAUAAUCCCAUCUUUCAUGGGCGUACGAAGCACAUAGAAAUUGAUCAGCGAUUUGUCCGAGAGCACAUUCAGAACAAUGUCAUACGGUUGCUUCCUAUCAGCACAACCGAUCAAAUUGCUGACAUCUUAACCAAACCCCUCACCACUCCACGGUUCAAAGACUUGCGAUCCAAACUGACUAUUACUUCCCACUCGUCAGUUUGA